CGCGGUCCGUGGGCGGGACUUGGCUGCAGUUUGUUUGUAGGGAAGUUGUCCAGUGUAGAAAAUCAACCACAUUGCUCUUUCAAACGAAAAACAAAAUGCCGUUCAUCGAUUUAGAGAGCAAUUUGCCCGCAAGUAAAUUUUCUGAAGCCUUUCUAAAAAAGCUUUGCUCCACCACCGCGGCUGUUCUGGGAAAACCGGAGGAUAGGAUGAAUUUAGUGGUGAAGCCUGAUCUGCCCAUGCUUAUUGCCGGCUCGUGUUCCCCAGCCGUGUUGCUCUCUGUUUCUGCCAUUGCUGUGACUGACACUGCAGAGAAGAAUAAGGAGCACAGCGCCAAACUCUUCCAGUUUCUUAUCCAGGAGCUGGGACUCAGUCAGGACCGCAUGGUGAUCAGGUUCUACCCGCUGGAGCCGUGGCAGGUGGGGAAGAAAGGCACAGUGAUGAGCUUCCUGUAGAGGAAAACACCCUACUACAGUAACAUGUUAAUAAAUAAAACAGGGGACUCAUACAAAUUA